CGCUGCCCCGCCCCUCACCGCCCCGCCGCCCCCGCCUGGCAGGGCGGCGGGUGCCGCGGGAGGCUGCUCGGUGCCGCCGCCGCCCGGGAGGGAGGUUAUGUAAGGGGGGAGGGAGGCGGCGGGAGGAGGAGCAGGACGCCUCGUCGCCUCCGCCGCCGUCGCCGUGCAGCUGCAGCCAGCCGGGGCCGGUACCGGGGCGGCCGCAUGUGCGAAGUGGGGACGCGGCCGCCGUUGGCCGCCGAGCGCGGGGAGCCGCCCGGGGGUGCCACCGCCGCCGAAAGGUGCCGAGACAUGGGAGAACAGCCCAUCUUCACCACCAGAGCCCAUGUCUUCCAAAUUGACCCCAGCACGAAGAAGAACUGGGUUCCCGCAAGCAAGCAGGCUGUAACUGUUUCCUACUUCUAUGACAGCACGAGAAACAGCUAUCGGAUUAUCAGUGUGGAUGGAGCCAAGGUGAUCAUAAACAGCACAAUCACACCUAACAUGACCUUCACUAAAACAUCGCAGAAGUUUGGCCAGUGGGCAGACAGCAGAGCAAAUACUGUGUUUGGCUUGGGCUUUCCCUCCGAGCAGCAGCUGACCAAGUUUGCAGAGAAAUUCCAAGAAGUAAAAGAAGCUGCCAAACUAGCCAGAGACAGAUCUCAAGAGAAAAUUGAGACCUCAAGCAAUCAUUCCCAGGAAUCUGGACGGGAAACACCAUCCUCCACUCGAGCGUCUAGCGUGAAUGGCACAGAUGAUGAGAAGGCAUCUCAUGGAGGUCCUGCUGAAGCACAUCUCAAGUCUGAGAAUGAUAAAUUAAAAAUUGCUCUAGCCCAAAGUUCAUCCAAUGUGAAGAAGUGGGAGGUAGAGCUGCAGACGCUGCGGGAAAGCAAUGCGCGGCUGACCACUGCGCUGCAGGAGUCUGCGGCCAGCAUCGAGCACUGGAAGAAGCAGUUCUCAGCCUGCAAGGAUGAAAAUGACCAGCUCAGGAGCAAGAUUGAAGAACUGGAGGAGCAGUGCAGUGAAAUAGAUAAAGAGAAGGAAAGAAAUGCGCAGUUGAGUAGACGUCUCCAGGAGCUGGAAACAGAACUUCAGGACAAAGAACUGGAACUGGAAGAGCUUCGAAAGCAGGGUGAAGUUAUACCACAGCUAAUGUCAGAAUGUGAAUCUGUGUCUGAACAAUUACAGGCUGCAGAGAAAAAGAACAAAGAUCUUGAAGAGAAAGUCAGACUCCUAAGGACGGAAGUUGAAGAGAGCAAACAUAGGCAGACCAACCUCAAAACUGAAUUAAAGAAUUUUUUAGAUGUACUAGACGGGAAGAUAGAUGAAUUACAUGACUUCCGACAAGGACUGUCUAAACUUGGCGUUGACAAUUAGAUGGCAAUAGAGUUUUGGGGUUGCUUUUUUUUUGUUGGGGGGGGGGGGGGUAAUCUAGGGUCUGGAUGUUUGAUGUUUUGUUGAUCCCAAACAUGUGUUUUACAAAAAUAUAACUGAAACGUUCCACUUGUUCGCAUUGUUUUUGUACAUAGAGGCUGAAAAUUUGCUGUGGGGGGUUUGGGGGAUUUUUGUUUGUUUGUUUAUUUUCUGAACCAAUCGUGCUGCUCAUUGGAUUCUGUUGAGAUUAGAAACUUUAUAUAUUGCUGCUCUGGCUUCGUGAGGUUGGGAACAGGUAGAGAGUUCUGUCUCAGGAAUCUGGAACUAGAUCUACCUUAAAAUGAAUAUGCAGUUAGUUGUUGCAGGGACAUUUAUAUCUUUCUUAAGGGCUGUUGCAACCAUAGAAACACAAGAAAAAAUAAAAGACUUUUUCUUGUCGGGACUGCCAGCACUCCUAGUAAACCACUGUUAGUCCUUGGUGGAGCAGAGAGAAGAUUAGCUGGAGCUCCUGCAGUUUGCAAAAUGUGCCUGUGCUGAGCUGCAGUCAAGUGAAUCACAUCACACGGAUGCCAGUAUCUUUAGGGACCAUGUCAAUCAGGCCUGACUCACCAAAAAAAUGGAGUGGAUUUCUGCUGGUUGCAGAUGGUUCCCUGGACCCAUACAGCACAAAGUCAACAAUGUAGAAAUUAAUUUUGGCUCUUCAAGUCAUGCAUCUUGCCCAACAGAAGAGAACAGAGGCAAUCUUGCUUAGUGAGAUCAUCUCUCUUUGGCCUUCAGUUUUGAGCCCACGUAGUUCCGUCAUUAUGCACACCUCUGAGGAACACCCACCUGAGUCUUUGAGCCCAGGUGCUUGUUUUAAAGAGAGGCAUGUCACUGGUUUGUACACGGGACACGCGCGCUUCCCUGCGGCUCCAGCGCUCUCGGUUGACUUCUGUGGUAGCGAAGGAGACGUUGGCCUGAAAAGCAAUAUAAAGGUCACUAGAAGGUGCUUCUAGAAAGUAAGCUCCUGCCCAGGAGACUGGCAGAGUCAUGACCCCAUGAAAUCAAAAUCCCUUCCUAUGAUUUCUGCAUUCUCACCUCACGCAUCUUUGACAGUAGAAUGGGAAUUGGCCAUCAAGUUAAGCCUGUCCCAAACCGCCUGCUACUGAAAAAGCAGAAGUACAGUUAUGUUCUCAGAAUGAUUAUUCAGCAGCUCUAAAUAUCUGUCAGUAAAUGCAAGGUGACCUCUGGGUUUCAGCUAGAGGGAAGUUCACUUCUUCACAGGCAGGGGUGUAAGAAGGGUCAGAGGGGAGGAUUCAGCCCAAAUUUUACUCCUGCUCCUAGGACUGCCUUCGGCUUCUUUCUCUCCUUUCUCCACAACGUGGUUUGAGAGUCUGUUUACAUGGGAUUUGAAUUUAUCCAGGAAAGAACUUUUAUUUACAUGAUGCUUUUACUUACUUAAUUCAGGCAAAAGCUUAGUUAAGCUCCAUGUUGGUGCAUUCCACCUGUGCUGAUAGAAAAUGUCCAUGCUUCUAAAAAAAUUUAUUUAGGAGCCUUUUUAUUUUCCCAGCACAUCUUAAUUAUAAGAGUGACCUUUAAAAGAAGUGUGGGUUAUAAAUGAAACAUGCAUUGAGUGCUUUUUGUACAUGGAUAUAUAAUCCCCAUGCUGGAGACAGCUUCUGUUUGUAGUUGUCCUUUGAAUUUUCUCUUAAUGUGUUGCUGUGGUGUUAUCUUCACUGCCUGUUUUUCAGAUUGGGCUUUGCGUGUGUUUGCUUUUGCUCCUUUUAAACAACAGAUGUGGAGCUGAGACCUUUCGUAACCAUUUAUAUCUCUUUAAAAAAAUAAUCUGCAGGCUGCUGAUAUUUAAAAACAAAAAUCAGGUACAUAGCAAGUAGGUGUGUGAGAGUUAGACAUUGCCAGCAUGGAAGAGUCAACAGUUGCAUAAUAUAGGGUUAGGUCAGACUUCUCCAAAUCGAAAAUGACAUCAGAAACUGCAUGUGGCUGUGCACAAAUAAUCACUUUUAGUCUUCUUAUUCAGUAGCAAGUCAGACAGACACCAUCACUUAGCACGCAGCUUGUUCUGAUUCUCCUCUAGGAGCUCCAGAACCUGCAGCCAAUCUCUGCAUCAGCUGGGAGCCAGAGGAUAACACAACUGAAAGCAGCCAGCAGUAGAGGUAGUUGGGGUCGUCCUCAUCACAGUGGUUUAUUGCAUUCACAGUGAGGACCCUACUCCAUCUUCUGUUUCCUUUCUUCCACUGAGCAAUCUUAGGGCUUCCUCCUUGGUUUUUAAUAUAAAUGAGCAUUUUUAACAGGUUUGUAGGUAGAGGGAUGCAAAAGACUUGGUGAACAAAUUAUUUUAUUAGGGUUAAUGGUGAUCUUUUUCUUUUCCACUUCAGUCAGGUUUAUCUUGGAUCCAGUUCUUCAGGGGUGUAAUAAAAUCACUCUUAAAUAGUGAGAAAAGCGUUUCUAUGGGAGUGCAUUGAUUUAACAGAGGGCGUUCAAUGCCGGUGCAUUAAAACAGUGUGUGGCUCUGACAAAGGUAGAUAUUUCUGGGUGCUUUGUACCCAUCAGAAGAACAAUGGGGAUGUCCUUGAAAAAUCUGUACCCUAUCUCUUCUGGUCUUGUCUCCAAAUGUAUGUUUUUCUUACCAGCUCUUGCUCUGAUGUUGUUAGGCAUGCCUGUACACAGCUAUAUGCUGUGGGAAAUGCCAUUCUUCAAGCAUCCAAGAUCUUGCUAAAAUUAUCUUCUCUCUCUUUUUUCCCUUCCCAACAGCAGUAAGUUGAGAGCUUCUAUGUAUAAUCACUUAGAAACCUCCCCCAAACUCCACCUCUUUUAGCGUUUUUGCCUCUUUCAUUACAGUUUUCCUCUUCAAAAGCCACAAGCUGUGGUGUAUGCUGGUUUAGACACCAGCUCCCCUCUUAGGCCUGGCCCAGUCCCCACCCCAGAACUGGAGUUCCAUUCACCUGCUGAGCAGGCACCACCAGUGUCACACUCUGCUUAUCCCUUGUUGCUCUGUGGUGGCCCAGCAAUAACCGCUGCAUGCCAAAAUGUGAGCCCCAUGCUGCUCCUCAGGGACUCAUCCUGGCAUCAAAAUGCCUUCUCCCUCCUGGUGGGAGCUCCAGGGUGGCCAGCCUUCACCUGUACUGUCCUACAGAUGCAUUUGCUCUUUGUUUUCCAUACGUUGGGGAUUCAGCCCACACCUACGUGCACCCUGAGCUGUGCUCAGCUGACAAGCCUUACAGAGGGCCUCAAGCACUGCCAAGGCCAAGAAAUGAUCAUCUCUGUCCAAGAGAGCAUCCACAGAGCUUGAUUUUAUUUGUUCUUAAAAUAACAAACCCUGUUCUCCCCAUGCUAUCAGUGAUGAAGUAGGUCACCACCUCGUUGCCGUUGAACCUGAGUGGAGGUGUCUUUAUAGGAGCUUGUUCUCACCCAGGACAAUCAUGAGUUUCCUUCCUGGAUGCAGAUUUCUCCUUCUCUAAGUGGUUGAUGGCAGGAUCUGUCCUACCUCAGUUGCAUGGUCUUUCUUUAGUAUAGGUCUUGUGCCUGGCACUUCCCAUGCCCAUACCUUCUGGCCACACCGCCAUGGAUCCUGCCACACCACCCCUCCUGCCAGCCUGACCCUGGGGGCAUUGACAAGCUGGUGGGUCUGGGAAGGAAAAUCUGUGCUGGUGUCUUGUGACACUACCUUGAAAUGUGUCUUGCUGGCUUCUGGGCUUCCCAGUGAAAUGCUCCUUCAAAAUGGUGUUAGAGCUGCUGAAUAAUAGUAGGCUUUGUGGGGCUUUUUUGGUGGCUAGAAAGAGAAAUAAAGAGGUCUACUUUGUAUUAGCACAAAACCUGAAACUAUUCAGUGACCUGAAAAUACACAGAGAUAAUUGGUUCAAAGGGGAAGGGUGUUCCAUUAGAUAUGUUAUUUCACAUUGACCUCAAAAGUUAAAACUGAAACACUGUUCCACAUCACAAAACCUAAUAGGUUAAUCUUUUGCUUUUUCUUCUAGUUGGCUGUAUCUUUGCUGAUUUUUACUCAACUUUCCCAGUAGUUUUGUUUGGCCUGAAAGUGCAUUUUCAGCAAAAUGAGCCUGUUCCAGUGUUCUGUCCACACCUAGUUAUUGUCUCCUUUCCUGAGUGAUCUCACUGAAAGAAAGCUAUCUUUUCUGCCAGCAAUUCAUUGCCACCUCUCACUUUCUAUAUCCUAGUGUUCCAGAGAUGUGCUUCUGAAAAAAAUGGAUUUACACUGGGUGCAGCUCUGCCCAGAAAACAGAAGUUAUUUAGACAAUACCUUUUUUUUCCAGAUGAAUACCUGGGUUUAUUUUUGUGUGAGUGAUUUAGGAUGAGCAUUUUGAAAGCUGCUUAAUGGACUAAGUAGGGUGGGAAGAGUUUCUGUUGCUCCUUGUGCUGUCCCUGCCAUUGCCAUCACUUUCAAGGGACAUCAUCAAACCAUUUGUGGUCUUGAGGCAGGUGCUCACCCUGCACUCAUCUUGUGCUUGGUCAGUGGCUUACUGGGCCCAUGCCUCCCCCUCAGCAGGGCAAAAUUGUCUGUAGGCUUCUGCAUUCUUCUCUGUGUUGUUCAGUUUGUUUUCCCCCAAGUGUUAAUUUUUUCCUGUGUUAGUUUCUUGCCACCUGCUUUGUAAAUGACUGAAGGAAAAUUCCACUGCCUUGUAGUGGUGGGAGUUCCUCAGCUACAAGCCUGUGCUCCUCGCUAGGCUCUUCUGAAUAGUUAUCUCUGCAAAACCCUCCAGAGCAUCAGUGGCUUGUGAGGAGUGCAGUGCUGUCUUCCUGAGCCCAGGGAUUAACAAAGAUAAAACACCCUGCUCAGCUUAGUGGGCGACUGGUGCUGACUCCUCAAGGAAGGGAUGUAAGGGGUAGUCAGCAGCAGCAGCAGCAGCUAAUUCUGAUGAUCCUUUCAGCAGAAGCUUUGGUGACUAAUGUGCUCUGCCCACGGGCUGUGCAUUUGCCAAAGGUCUAGGAUGGCCACACUGAUCUCUCAGCUCGCUCACCUUUGUCCAGGCAGUUCUGGGCUUGUCAAGCCAGUAACUAUCAAAAAGUCCUCAGCAUAUCACAAAGGUGACAAUGUGAGGGAUGGGAGGUGAAUGUCCACAUGCACUCAGGUGAGCAGGGCGAGAGCAUUGCAGCGCCAGCACUGGUUUGUCGUUGGACCCUUUCAGCUGAAAAUAGGAAAAGCUCUUGUCAUCCUGCGUGGGCACAGCAGUCCCAGAGACCUCGCAGAAAGGCAGCUUCAGCUUUUGGGGUGCUGCAAGGCAACAAGAACACCCAGGCUGUGCUGGUGUUGGCUCUUUUGGGGCAUAAUUUAGCCACAGUAAGACACAGAACUACCCUAAGGCAAUUUUUUCAUUCCACAGAUCAUGCUAAACGAGCAUCUGUGCGUGAAGCAAGCCAAUAUUUAGCCACAAACCAUUUGACCCAGACACACUCCCAGAUGGAGAGCCCUGGCUGAGGCAGGCUGGCCAGGGCUGCCCUGUGGGGAUUCCCCUGCCUGGGAGCUCAGCAGCGCUUUAGGCUCAGUAGUAUAAUAUAAACGUGGCCGUUACAUGAAGCCUGCACAUCUUCAGUGCCAUCCUCUGUGGUAAAUGAUUAGGUACCCGAAGUGAAAUACACAACUGAGGGACGAAUGAUAAAUGUGACAAAGGUGCUUCCCAAAUGAAGGCUCCCCUGCAGGCUGUACAGAGCUGGUCCUGUCUGGGAGGGCUUUGCUUGCAUCCCUGGGGGAUGUUGGAUGUCUGACCUGUUUGGGUUUCUUCUGUGUUUUGUCUUAGCUCUUCUUGGUUUUCUUACUCCUUUUUUUUUUUUCCUUUUAAGUAACCUAAACAUCCAGUCUUCGCAUGAAGGUGCCUAUACCUCCAACAGUUUUAUAUGCACACUUGGAAAUAGAUUUCUUUUUCCUUUCUGGUCAUUUAGUUACCUAAUAAUAAUGGUACAUACAAGAAAGGCACUUGAGGAAAAAAAAAUAUCUGUCUGCUGUUGUAUUUUUGUUUGGGUCUUUUUUAACACUGGUCAGCAAUAAUUAUUUUAGCCAUAUAUUAUCUCAAAUGACUGAUGAUGUAAGAUUUGUGAACUAAGCUUCUAAGUUUGCAGUAGGCUGAUUAAUUGGGUAUGUGAAGGGAGAGCUAUGCUCAAGGGUGGGGUGGGGGAAAGAGUAUUUUGCAGCAUUUAGAUAUUUUCAUUUAAUUGCCUAAUAGUGACCAUGGACAUGAUACUCUCUACAGCUCAUCGUGGCUGAUGAACAAAGCACAUUGUUUUUAACAUGAAUAUAUCCCUUGUAGUUGAAAGUUCUGGGAGUGUUUUAGUGUGGUCUGCUAUACCAAAAUGGUUAGAUGGUUAUGAGAUUUUAGUACUGAAGAUAAGCAUACGCCCUGUUUUUAACUGUUUCAUGUACAGUUUAGUGAAUGACUGACAAUUUGUUGAUAUACAACUGUGGGAAAACACUGCAGUGCUCUCAAUGUAUGUUUUUAUUUGGGUUUAUUAUGUUUAGUACAUGGUUUAAUGAAAACUGAAGUGUUUACUGCAGUUGGAUCACAAUGUAAAAACAUCUCUUACCUCAUCAUUUUGUCUGCUGUGGAUAAGUACUUUCCUCUUCUUUUUUUUCCCAUUCCUUUUCUUUCCCAAUUGGCCAUACACAGUCAAUGUUGACCUUUAGACUCCUAGUAGCAGUCAAUGCUGGGUUUUAUAUAUAUAAAAGGAAAACUUGAUUUUUUUUUUCUUUAUGAACUUAUUAUAUAACUUUGUGAUUUUUAUCUGAUUUUAUUGUAACAUAAAGUUGUUUUAUGUAAAAAUAUAUAGUUUAAGUAAAA